UCACUAGUCUGUCUGUAAGGCCAUGGUCUGUAUCCCGUGUCUGUAAAUGAGUUAGUUCUUCUCGGCGGCGGCGCAUCGCGGGACGAUACGAUAAUGUGCAUUUCGUAAAAAUUACUGAAUCACGCUAGUAUCUAGUCUGUCCCCUUUGCCUUUCCAUAUAGAUAAAUGAGACAUUCUGGUGUGCUUUGAAAACAGACAAAAAACAGCUGAUUUGCACUUGCACAAUGUAUUUUUGUAUGUAGGUGUCUACACUUCACAUUUACGUUUAAAAUAAUACCUAGGUAUUACAUAAAAUGCAAAAUAGAGACAGACAUUAAAAAUGAAUACACUAUUGAAAAUUCAAAUGCUUCGUGGUAGUGCUUAUAAAGAACGUAUUAAUCGGCAUAUUCUUCGUGAUACUUCGGAUUGUAUCAAUUUACCUGAUCAGUACUUGCUAAGAAAUUGUGGAGUGAAUAGGACCAUUUUUCACCAAAUAUUAAGAAUAUUGGAACCAGUGGUACCUAGAACGCAACGGUCCAAUGGAAUACCAUUCCCACUAAAGGUCCUGGUCACCUUGUCAUUCCUUGCCAGUGGAUCACAUCAAAAGUCUGUUGGGAAAGAUUUCAACAUUAACAUAUCUCAAAAAUCUGUAAGCAGAGUCUUAAAAACUAUAAUUGAAGGACUGAAUGUUGUGCUUGAUUGCUGGGUGGUGUUUCCUAGCACUGUAAUCCAAAGGGAACAAAUCAAAGAAGGGUUUUACAGAAAAUACCACUUUCCUGAAACUAUUGGAUGCCUUGAUGGGACCUAUGUUGAAAUUGUGUGUCCAAGAGAUGAUGAAGAAGCUUUUUUUGACAGGAAAGGACAGUACUCCAUUCAUGCACAAAUUAUUUGUGAUGCUGACACAAAUAUAAUUGCAGUAUGCUGCAGAUUUGGUGGUGCAGCAAGUAAUGCUUAUAUUUGGAACAAAACAACCAUUAGGCCUUUUAUUGAAAACAUGAGCAGGCAAGGUGAAGCAGGAUGGCUCAUAGCUGACACGAAAUACCCUCAACGACCAUGGCUAAUGACGCCUAUAGCUCACGCUCCACAGGGCACUCCAGAAUCUCAAUACAACCACUUUCACGGCCGCACCAAGACUUGCAUAGACAGAUGUAUUAGCAAAAUGAAAAGCAGAUGGCAGUGUCUCCACAAGCGUCCGUUACACUACACACCCUUAAGGGCCGCUAAGAUUAUAAACGCAUGCGCCGUCCUUCACAACUUGUGCAUAAAGGCAGGGCUGCAAGAUCCCACACCAUACAUAGACACAAAUCCAUUGGAGUUGCUCAAUGAAGUGACUGAAAUGCCUGAUGAUAAUGUCAAUGAUCUGUACAUGGGUUUAGAAGUGAGGAGACAACUUGCUGAAAGAAUCUAUUAUAGUGUUUAGUUUAUGGUAAAUUGAGGAGAUAACUUGAUGAACGAAUAUGGUGAAUUUAGCCAGCUUUGAGUGCUAGAAGUGAUGAUCUUAUUGUUAUUAAUCAAGAAUGAAAUUACUUAUGUUUAAAGACUGAUAGAUAUAAACUCAAAAUGUAACAGAAACAGAGUAUUAUCAAUUAAAAAUACUUUAUUCUUAGCUCAUAAUUUAA